AUGGCGCCAAAACUCGCCCCCGCCGCCAAGGUGCAGCUGGCUCAUGAUCUGCGCACGACAGAGUACCGUUCCGCGCCGUAUCUCCCCUUCUCGCCACCUCCACAAGAUACGUCCCUAGUCGGUGACUCGCCGGUCGUUCGUCCACGACCAAGUUUCGGGGAGCUGCAGGACAGUCCAGCCGGUUUCGACAGCUUCGACCUGGGUGAUGCGCGGCCAGCGAUGACAAUGGCGGUGGGCGAGGCCGGCCCGUCACGCGCGCGAACACGACACGGCAUUGAGAUUGAGGAGGAGGAAGACGUCCUGGAGGAGGAUGACUUCCAGCUCGCCAAGUCGUACUUUGACAUCCACGAGCUGGACCGGGUAGUGCACACGCUGCGCGCGGCGCGGGGAGCACGCUCGCGUUUCCUGCGCAACUAUGCCGCCUACCUGAGCGCCGACCGGAAGGCGCAAGAAUCCCUCCCUCACUUCCUGGACACGAAACAGGAGCGCCUGGCCCUGUUUCCGGCGCUGACGCAGAUCCUCGCCGAGCUGCAGCCCGAAACGGACCCGUACCUCGUCUACCUCCGCGGCCUGGUGCACAUGCGGCUGGAGCAGCGCGACGCCGCCGUCGAGUGCUUCGUGACCUCUGUCCGCGCCAAGCCCUACAACUGGAGCUGCUGGAGCCAGCUCGCGCAACUCGUCGAUUCGGCUGAUACAUUCAUCGCGCUGAAGGAGCGACUGCCUAGUGGGCCGAUGCUCAGUUUCUUCGCCAUCACAGUCAUGCUGGACCUGCACACGGCUACGGACCUGGUGCUCACCAUGAUUGGCGAGCUGCAGCAGACCUUCCCCGACAGCGUGCACCUCAAGGCGCAGCGCGCCAUGGUGUACUACCACAUGCGCGACUUUGCGACGGCGGAAGCCGAGUUCGACGCCGUGCAGGCCGCAGACCCCUUCAGGAUGGAAGAGGUUGAUAUCUACAGCAACAUGCUGUACGUCAUGGACAAGCGCGCGAAGCUCGGCAAGCUGGCGCACGAGUACGCCGAGCUCGACCGCAACCGGCCAGAGGUCUGCACCCUCAUUGGCAACUACUACUCCAGUCGCGCCGACCACACUAAGGCCAUCACGUACUUCCGCCGCGCCCUGACGUUCAACCGCGAAUACCUGCCCGCGUGGACGCUGAUGGGGCACGAAUUCGUCGAGCUGAAGAACUCGCACGCCGCCAUCGAAGCCUACCGCAAGGCGAUCGACGUCAAUCCCAAGGACUAUCGCGCGUGGUACGGUCUCGGACAGGCGUACGAGCUGCUCGACAUGCCAAUGUACGCGAUCGAGUACUACAACCAGGCGACUUCGCUGCGCCCCUACGACUGUCGAAUGUGGACCGCGCUCGCGACGGUAUACGAGGGGCUUGGACGGCUCAGCGACGCCAUCUCGGCACAUACCCGCGCGCUCCUGGGCGCGGACAAGACACAGACACCGACCAUCCUCGCCAAGCUCGCCAGCUUGCACACCACCGUCGACGGCGCGCGCGGCAUCAGUCCCAGCCCCGACGCGGUCGGGUAUCAUCGCAAACUCCUCGCGCUGGGCGAGCGGGAGAAGACGAGCAUUGUCGAGCUCGCCCCGAGCUAUCUGGCGGUGGCGGAGUGGGAGACAGCCACGGACAAGGGCGACUGGACGCUCGCCGCGCAGUACCUGGAGAAGGUCGCUGCUAGCAAUGCGCACGAGCGCGAUCGGGCCGCCGAACUCCUCCGUGAGCUGAGGGUGAAGGAGGCGCGCAUGUAG